AUGGGGCUGGAGGCAGCUGCAGCCACCAUCAACCAGAAUGGGGUCAGGGACCGGGACCUCACCACUCUGGGGUGCCCCAGCAACAUGGGAGCAUCCGGCAUGCGGACAAGCACCCCACUGCAGCGGGGCCAGCUGCCGCUAUGGGGUCCUGGGCUCUGCAGGCUGCACUGGCACACCAUGCCUCUGACGGCUGCGCUGCUCCUCACCCUCCUGGCCACCACCGCAGUGUCACCGGCCGAGCCAGCAAGGAGCAGCUUCUGGGAGUACCUCGGCCAGCUGACGAGCGACAAGGACAGCCCCGAGCACGGCCAGGGCAGCAAGCUGGGCAGGGACAUUGUGAACCUGAAGGGAAGUGUCCAGGAUGGGGUGAGCUACAUGGGGAACUUCCUGGAGAAGCUGGCGCCCCUCAACCAAGGCCUCCAGCCGCGGCUGUCCCACGACGCGGGCAGCCUGCGGAAGCUCAUCCGGAAGGAGCUGGAGAGCCUGCGGGUGAAGCUGUCGCCGUACGUGGACGAGGUGCACCACAAGGUGGGCAAGCACCUGGAGGACCUUCGCUACCGGCUGCAGCCGUUCACGGAGGAGCUGCUGGACCAAGUGUCCCUCAAGGCCCGGGAGCUGCGGCGCCACCUGAUGCCGAGCCGGGAGGUGACGGCUCAGCUCCUGGGGGGCGCGGACGAGGUGCAGCGCUUCCUGGCUCAUUACGCCGACAAGAUCGCGCUGCACACGGAGCAGGUGAAGGACAUCUUCCACCCUUACGCGGACCGGCUGGUGACCGAGAUCCACCGCAACGUGGAGGAGCUGCACCGCAACGUGGUCCCGCACAGCCAGGCCAGCCCGGAGCAGCUCAACCAGUACAUCCAGGAGCUGUCCGCCAAGCUGACCCAGAGCGCCAGGGACCUCCACGGGAAGAUCCAGCGCAACCUGGAGCAGCUCAAGGCCAAGCUGAGCCUCUACCCCGGCAGCCUGCGGGAGCGGCCGCCCAGCCCGGAGCGCUACGCCGAGGCGCUGGCCCGGGAGGUGCAGCGCCGGGUGGAGGAGUUCCGGCGGGACACACGGAGGAGAUGCGGCUGA